UGUUUGCUCAAGCUCACUGAAGGCUUCAAUCAGCCACCAGGCCGUCACAGUGAGUCAUGCCGCUGCGCCGUUCCAGCCGAGCCGGCCUGUGGUUGGCCCUGGCCAUUGCCAUGGCAUUCACCUCGCCGUUCUUCUCGAACGUGACUGGUGAGAAAGGUGAUGAAAGUGGUCCAGACCUUGACCUGGGAACCUGGGGGCGACAUAUCCAUCUUGAAGGUGGAAGGAGGGAUGGCAUCUUGCGUCAUCCUGAGCACACUUCGGACACGGCAUUUGCUUGGCUCUUCUCCUCGAACGGUGGCAAGGCUGAUGCAAGUGGUCCAGACCUUGACCUCGGAACCUGGGGGCGACAUAUCCAUCUUGAAGCUGGAAGGAGGGAUGGCAUCUUGCGUCAUCCUGAGCACACUUCGGACAUGGCAUUUUCCUUACCUUUUUCUUGGAAGGCGAAAGGCGACAAAGAUGUUGCAAGUGGUCCAGAAUUUGACCUGGGAACCUGGGGACGACAUAUCCGUCUUCAAGGUGAUCGGAGGCAGGGCAGGAAGCUGACGCUGAUCCCGGAGGUUCAAAGUGAUCCUGAACUCUACCAGAUCGAGAGUCAGGAGAAGAAGAAAACGAAGAAAAAGAAAAACAAAAAGAAAAAGAAAAAGGACAAGAAGAAGGACAAAAACCUGAAGGCCAAGCGAAAACGCAAAGUGGAAGGUCCACAGCUGCCAUCUACAUCGUCAUCCUCGAGCGAAUCGGCCGUGUCGGAGACGUCCUUGGCACAACGCUUCACCCAAGCAGCUGAAGCUGGUGGCACCUUGAUGGCCCAGUACAUUGUGAGGCGCCAUGGUUUCAACUGGCGAAACGCACGGGGAGAAGGACCCUUGCACCUGACAGCACGCGCCAAUCAGCCUGGACUUAUGGCGUGGCUUCUCUGCCAAGCUGAAGCGGAGUCUGUGCUUGAAGCUCGCAAUGUCAAAGGGGAGUCCCCUUUGCUGGUAGCUACGCGUUUGUGCCGUGGAUGCGUUGCUAUGCGCCUGGUGGAGGCCUUAGCUGACCCCGGUGCCUGCGAUUCGCAAGGUGAGUCAGCUGAAUCCUUGGAUUUGGAUGGUUUGCUGCGCGAAGCCGAGCGGGAUGAGGCUUGCCGCCAAGCCGCCAAGGAGGACCAACUCUUGGCAGCCGUGGCGGCGGCACGGCGGAAACGUGAGGAAGCCGAUUGGCGACGGCAGCUCUUCGGGAUGAUUGGUGAGGAAGAUGAUGACUUCUGCCGCUUCGACUCGCACCAAGACCUGGAAAGUACAGACACCGGUCGGCCGGACAGCUGGAUGGAUGACAUUGCGGCAGAGGCAGAGGCUCGAGCUGCCAAUGCUAACAGCAUGUCGCGAAUUCUGGCGGAAGCUGCGGCGGCAUUGCCUAAGCCAAAGGCGGAAGCAAAGCCUACAGGUAUCCCUGACAGCAAGCCACCGCCCGCGGCUGAUGCAGGAGCCGAGACGCCAGCACCGCGGCCGGCAGUUUCAGUGGAUCCAGAGAUGGAAGCACAGCAGCGAGUGGCGGCCAGGGCAAGGGAUGAGGCGAGAUGGAAGCUGUUGGAGGAGAAGACGGCAGAAGCAGAAAGCCUGACAUUGCGAGAGGCGGAGUUGCCCUGGCCCUCGGGACCAGUGGAAAAUCCACUGCGCAUCGAUCCAGAGGGACAUCCAAAGGUGGUGAGAUCGCAACUUCGUGCUGGUUUGCUGAGGUGGCAUCCGGACAAGUUUGAACAGAAGUUCGGCAGGUUCCUGCCCAGCAAGGAGAAGGAGCGUGGUGCCAUUCUGGCUCGUGUCAAGGCACUGGCCCAGCAGCUGACAAAGCAGAUGGCUGAGCUUCCUGAGACAUAG